AUGGGCUCUCAACUCUUCCAACAACACCAGGCUGCAGAACAGCGACAGCAAUCUCAGACGGCAGCUAACGGCCAACCGACAUCUAAAGCGGAACAACAACAGCAGCGAGCUCCAAUGGCGGACAUGGGGCUGCCUCAGGAACAUGUCAAGCCCCAGGACUUGACCAACUUCUUUACUUGCACUCUGCCAGUUCUACCGUCCUCAUCCCCGAUGCGCCACAGAGCCGUGGGACUCGGGCCAGAAGCGGCGCCAAGCCGUCCCUUGCCGACAUCAUCUAAGCGGCGACGUACAAACACCAACCCGUGCUCUCCAUGA